GCACAGACAUAGCACCUUAGAAACAAUGCUUCUGUUUAAAAACAGUAAUUAAAUGCAGAUACGUUAAUGUAUCAGUGGUUUAAUUCAUACAGGUUUAGCAAAUAGUAUUAAAGGUGAACAAAUAAUAUUGAUAUGAUGACAAUAGUUACAUGGUUUGGUGGCUCAAAUUUGAAACGGGUCAGUUUUUAAUACAGACAAGUGGAGCACAUUUGUCAAGUUAUUUGGAACAAUGUGAUAUAUUAGGACGUCUUUUCUAUCCAUUCGUUGGAAUAUAUAACUUUGAGGACCUGGUCUUGGGAAUACUAAUACCAACCAAAAUGGUGUUUGAAUAUCAAUCCAAUUAUCAUAAAGGAUAUGUUGUGGAAUAUUUAGACAGUAAUACCUCCAAAAGGUGUGAAGGAUUCAUAUUGCUACCAGCUGAAAACCUUUGGCAUGAAGGAGUUCGUGGAUUUCUCUAUCUCCUUGCUUUGCUUUAUCUCUUUCUUGGGGUUGCUGUUGCCUCAGAUAUAUUUAUGAAUAGUAUUGAAGUGAUGACAAGCAAGAAAAGAACUAUUAAAAGAGUUGACCCAGAGAACCCUGACAAAGUUGUCACUAUAGAAGUAUUAGUAUGGAAUGAAACUGUGGCUAACUUGACAUUGAUGGCUCUUGGUAGCAGUGCUCCAGAAAUUCUCUUGGCCGUUAUAGAGCAGGUUCUAGUGUUGGGAGAAGACCAGGGAGAUUCUCUAGGCACAUUUACUAUUAUAGGAAGUGCUGCUUUUAACUUAUUUGUCAUAACUUCAAUAUGUGUUGUUAGUGUUUCUUCACCUGAUGUCAAAUUUAUUAAGGAGUUUGGAGUGUUUUUAACGACAACAUUUUAUUCUGUAUUUGCCUAUGUUUGGAUGUUACUUGUUGUUCAAGUUAUAUCUCCAGGAGAGAUUGAAUGGUGGGAAGCUUGGGUAACAAUAGCUUUCAUGCCAUUGUUUGUGUUGCAUUCAUAUGCUCAAGAUAGUGGGUGGUGGUGUCAUAAAUGCUGUAAAGGAGCUUCUGUGUCUGAUGAAACUGGAGAUAAACCAGCAAUUAGAGUAUUUACCCAUCAUGCCAGGAAAGGAUCAAUCACAGGACAUGCUGUACCUGGACAAGAAUUACACAUGUUAGAGGCUGCACAUAGAAACAAAGCUCACCAAUUAAGUUUGGCUGCAGAUAAUCACAAUUGUGUCAAGAGUGCUUCAUCAACAAAGUCGCCAAAUAAAAUAUCGAUAGAUAUUGAUAGCAAAGACAGUGACCAGACAGACACAGAGAGUAUAGACAGUAAACAUGGAGUGUCCAAACAAGGUGAUACUAAGGUGUUUGCUAGAGCAAGGUUUCGCCAUGCAGUUGUAAGUGCUAUGACUGGACAUAAACCUACAAAGAGACAUGGCAGUGCUGGUAAGACAAGGAUGUCUGAUAUUGUGUCUGCUGUACAAGGCAUUCAGGAUGUCUCUAAGAAAGGUCUCAUGCCUAGCUACGACCAGUUAUAUGGAAAGUUUACAUUUUCCUCACAAGUGUAUGAAGUGUUAGAAAGCAAAGGUCUCCUAGAAAUAGAUAUCCUGUUCCAUAGAAAGAUACCUGUGGGCAAGAGUAGUGGUGGCUUGCAGAUUAUGAAUGGACAGACAGUAAUGAUGAAUGAAACAACUGUGGAUCAAAAAUUUAAAGAUGUCAGUGUAGAAUAUGAAACUAGAGAAGGAUCAGCUAAAGCAGGAAGUAAAUUCAAAUAUACCAGUGGAACUCUGAAAUUUGCAGAAAAUGAGUAUAAGAAAACAGUUACCAUACCAAUCAUUCAAGACAAUCAGUACACAGGGAAUGCAGAUUUCUUUAUCCUUCUGAAAAAUCCAUCCUCUGGAGCAGGAAUUGGUGAUCCUAGUGUUGGUAGAGUUAACAUUGUAGAUGAUGAUGCACCUGGAGAGUUUCAGUUUAAAGACAGUCAUGUUUUUGCAAAAGAUGGAAAGAUUUCGGUUAAAAUUAUCAGGGAAAAGGGUUAUGAUGGAAAGGUUACUUUGGAAUAUAGUACACAUGAUGUGAGUGCUGUUGGUGGAGAGAGUUUGAAGGAGAAUGACUAUGUUGCUGUAGACCAUUCCCAUAUAGAAUUCAAACAUCAAGAAAAGUCUAAGACCAUCGAUGUCAAAGUUAACAAAGAGGCAAAGUUUGAACAUGGCCAGGGUUCCAAGAGUUUUAUUGUGACCAUUAAGAAUCCAUCAGUUGGAGCUAAAGUAGGAAAAACAGCUACAGUUGUGUGUCAUAUUAAUAAAGAAAGUUUAGAUGACAGAAUAGCUGAUGUUGUAGCUGAUAUGGAAGAAGAGGAAGAUAUGACAUGGGGAGGACAGUUUUAUAAUGCAUUUACCAUUGGUGGAGAAAAAGAUGAAGAAGGAAAUGAUAUCAGACCAAAAUGGCAUGAAUUUUUAUUACAUUUCCUUACUUUCUUCUGGAAAGUUGUUGGAGCUUGUAUUCCUCCAACGAAAUAUUUGGGAGCAUGGCCAGCAUUUGUUCUUUCGCUAAUGUAUAUUGGAGUAUUAACAUUGUUUAUUCAGCAAUUAGCUGGCUUGCUUGGUUGUGUAAUUGGUCUGGAAACCAGUGUUACCGGUAUAACUCUCAUUGCUCUGGGAACAAGUUUACCAGAUACAUUUGCUAGUCGUACAGCAGCCAAACAAGAUGAACAUGCUGAUGCAGCCAUUGGCAAUAUUACUGGUAGUAAUAGUGUAAAUGUAUUCCUGGGACUUGGUUUACCUUGGGUGUUAGCCACCAUGUAUGGAAUUCAUAUAGAUAAACCUUAUAAAGUGAAAACAGGAAACCUGACAGUCAGUGUCAUUAUAUUUUGUGUUUUAGCAGUUAUCUGUAUAGCUACACUCAUAAUAAGGAGAAAGCUUGUUGGUGGAGAACUUGGAGGCAAAAAUGCCGUUGUAAAAUGGUUGACAAGUUUCUUGUUGUUUUCGCUGUGGAUCAUAUACAUUGUCUUGUCAUCUUUGAGGGCAUAUGAUAUUAUCACUUGGUAAAUAGUGUCAUCAUUAGGGAACAUAUUUUUUAAGAUUUCCAUAUGGAACAAAUGCACUAUACUGGAAAAGUAUGUAUCUGAAGGGUUUAUCUACAUAUUAUAACAUACAUAUUUAACUAUUUAUUUGUUUGUUAGCAUUUUUUAAAUUUUAAAUGAAAAAAGCUGAUAUGUUAAGAGGAUGAAGAAGAAAUUCAUAUCAAGUUGUAAAAAUGAAAUAAAAAAAACAUAUUACAUUAUUGUUUUAUUUUAUUACAAUUUUAUGUAUUUCUUUUGUUUUUAAUUUUUGCUACACAACUCUCUAACUCUCAACCUGACAUUUGUUUUAAGAAUACCAUUCCUUAUGGUCCUUCUUUUGUUCAGGUCUUUGUUUGGGUGUUUGACAUAGUAUGACAGUGUUUUAUUUAUAUGUUAUUAGAAUAUUUGACAAAAUCAGUUUGAUUGAUACUUGUAUGUUGCUCAUAUUACACCUAGUCAUAUCAGUCAAAAAAUCAAAAUUACAUAGAACAGCUUAAUUUAUUCCUUAGGCAAAUAUUGUAAAUGCCUCCAUAGCAAGUCAAAAAGUACUAGCCAUUUUCAUACAUGAAUUGUGUAUGUGAUUAUAUCCAUCAGGUGAAAAUACUAUACAGAAAUGGUAAAUCUGAAAAGCAUUCAAUAAUUCAUCAAUCAUUAUAAUGAUGUGUGAUAUUAUUAAGGUAAAGUAAAAUAGACUCUUUAUUUCAUUAUGGAAUUGAGCAUCAGCACCCAUAUUACAGAAUAUAAAAUAGACUCUUUAUUUCAUUAUGGAAUUGAGCCUUAGCACCCAUAUUACAGAAUAUAAAAUAGACUCUUUACUUCAUUAUGGAAUUGAGUAUCAGCACCCAUAUUACAGAAAAUAAAGAAUAAUCUUUUAGUAGUGUCAAAUUUUAUAUUGGUAUACUUGAAAUAUUUUUUGAAAUAAUUGAAAAAUACAAUAAUUUGUUCUAAUCCUGCUGAGAGAUAUGUGAUCACCAAUUUUAAUUAGACAGUUGCCAAAAGAACAAAAGACAGGUGUGUUGAAACAAUGUUUUUUUUUAUAUUAGAAGUUAAACUAAGAAUUCAAGACUGUAUUUGGCAUUUAUAUAUACAUAAAUACAUUUAUGUAUGAUAUUAACCAUGAGUAUUAUUUUACAUGUAUAUAUAUAUAUAUAUCUAUAGAAAGCCAGUUGUGCAUGUUAAUUAGUGCUAAUAUAGCAUUUGAAUCUCUAUGAAGCAAACUGUGAUCAACUGUUAUAUUUUUUAUUAUUGUUUAUUUUUUGUUUAUUUUCUUGUUUUUGUAAAUAUUAUCAGUGUUGUAUAUCUGUUGAAAACCAUUGAUUAUGUUGUAUUUUUGUGUAUAGCGUAAAAUUUUACUUUUACAUUCCUUUGCCAAAUACACAGUAGAUUAUAUAUAUAUAUAUUAAGUUCUACACAAAUAGCAUAAUUAUUUGAUUCUGUAUGUAUAUACUUGUUUUGAGUUAUUGCUGUUUACCAAUUUGAAUAAUGUUUAUUUUGUUCACAGAAUAUUAAUAAUUGGUGCAAGUUUAAACCAAUACGUUUUAAUAUGUACAGUUUACAUUACACUGGACAGCAGUAAUUCUAAUGGUUUUAGAUAUGACUUAAACUUCCUUGAUAAUCCAAAAGCACCCAAUAGACAUAAAAUUGAUAUAAACUCAACACAAAAUAUUCUGCAGAUGUAAAUGUGUUAUGUUUUACCAAAGAUGAUAUUAGUUGAUUAUUUUAUGAAUAAGUAUAAAGUAGAGGAGAUUUAAAGUGAUACAUGUUUGUAUUUGGUAGUCAUACUGCAUAAUUACUUCUCAGUGCUUGAUUUCAACUUAUUUGUUUGUCCUAUGUAAUCUAUUUUGGUUUAUGUCUUUCCUAAAUGUCACCAAUAUGGAAAGGGAUAAAUGAAGCUUACAAUUUUUUACUAGAUUUCAGUCUUAGCAUCAUAUGUUGACUAUAUACUAAAAUAAUGGUAGACAUAAACUAGAGAUGAGCUUUUUAUCAUCUACAGACACUUUGAUACAUAUUACAUUUUGAAGUUGUUAUUACCCAUAAAGAAAAUAAAAGUUACCUUACAAUGUAUAUAAAAACUAUUUAAAGAAUUGUUUUCUGAUGGAUAACAGAUGAAUAGUGCUUGUUUUGAGGAUGACAGAUGUAUAGUUCUAGUUUGAUAUCUGUAAUAGUAGCAACUUUUGUUUAUUUUGUUGUUACAAUAAUCUGAAUUACAUUGGUUUGCUAAUUAAAGCAGUUGUUUUCUAUGUUUGUAAAAUUUAACGUAAUAAAGGUUUGAUUUUUUAUCCUG